UCCGUUCUACUCGUCGAGCCGUCUAUUUAUUGGUGAAUUUCAUUAAUUGUAAGUGAAACUAUAUUGUGUUAUCCAUUCCAGUGCGAAAUUGCAAACGCGUUACAUUUCUAUAUUAAAACGCACUAUUUAAAACAUAAAACAGCGUUCAUAAUCUUGGAAACAGAAUUUCGUGAACAUGUUCUUACUCUGCUCCGUCGUAUGGCUUCUUGUCGCCACUGGAACUGCGAGUGUGCAACUGAAAACUGACUUGUUUAAAAAGGUUCAAUUUACGCUGUGCUUUUUGCAUCUUACAGAAGCCGUGUUUGCAAAAGACAAACUACAAUGCAUGUUCAUGUGUAAAAGCAGUUGCCAGUUUUCGAUGUUCAAUCAGUCGAACGGUGCAUGCAAUCUUUACACGGACGGUGAUACCUCGCAAUGUGAUGAUACAACAGGCGACCAUCAGUAUGUUUACAGGAAGGCGACACAGACAUCCAUCCAUGUGGUACAAAACACGACAAAUAUCAACUGGUAUGACGCCCAGCGAGUCUGCCUCGCAUCGGGUGGUCGACUUUCCGGAUAUACAGCCAGCACGAGCAAUGAUGACGUCGUCGCGAGUCUGGGAGACAAUGUCUGCUGGUUAGGUGCCCGGAAGUUGAGUUCCGGAUGGAGCUGGCUGUCUGGAGAAUCGGUGACCGCUACCAUACUUGAAGACCAUUACGCGACCUGCUUAAUUGUAUGGUAUAGCAAUCCGAAGGACCCUAUCCGUCUGCACGACCACCCCUGUGACGAACUUAUGUCAGUCAAUCAAAUCCGAUGCGAUCUGUAUUAAAUUCAUCGCAAAUGCUAAGCGUAUGUUAAUGAUUAUUUAUUAUUUUUGUGCAUUUUUACCUUUUUUCUUGAAUUGUGCAUUUUUAAUUCGUUUCUAGAUUUACCUUUUUACAGCUUUGUAUGGAUAAUUUUAUCUGAUAUGUACAAAUGUGCCUUGAUUUUAAACAUGUUUUUGUGUUCCCUGUGUUACAAGGUAAUAUUCUUGGGUCAGUCACUGACAAAUGCACUUGUUGAAUUAGAGGAAGUGAGAAAAUGGCCGUAUAAAGUAUUAAAAAAACUAAUCACCGCACAAGUUGUACGGCCGGGUAGAGAUUCUAACCCGCUAUUUGUAGUGCGGCAUUCUACUGGUAGAGCUAGCCGGCGCGAUUGUUAAUGUGUAUAUGAGUUUUUUUCAAAGUUGUUCACACAACUGUUAUCUGAAUAGUUGGUACACAUUGUCCAUCAUUUAUAACUGUGUUUUUAAUUUGUGUUUUGUUCCUGUAUAUGUAAGCAAAAAUUAGACUCGAAUAAACGAUUAUGCUAUC